GGGAAGGAGGAGGAGGAGGCGGCCGCGUUGCCUCCGGCGGGGCUCGAGCUCGCCCUCGCGCUCGCCCUCCGCCUUGCCCGAACCCCGCGAGGGUGAAACGCUUUCUCCCGGCAUGCAGCGGGAGGAGGGAUUUAACACCAAGAUGGCGGACGGCCCGGAUGAGUACGAGACCGAAGCGGGCUGCGUGCCCCUUCUCCAUCCAGAGGAAAUCAAACCUCAAAGCCAUUAUAGCCAUGGAUAUGGUGAACCCCUCGGACGGAAAACUCAUAUUGAUGAUUACAGCACGUGGGACAUAGUUAAGGCUACACAAUAUGGAAUAUAUGAACGCUGCCGAGAAUUGGUGGAAGCAGGUUAUGAUGUACGGCAACCAGACAAAGAAAAUGUUACACUCCUGCAUUGGGCUGCCAUCAAUAACAGAAUAGAUUUAGUCAAAUACUAUAUUUCGAAAGGUGCUAUUGUGGAUCAACUUGGAGGAGACCUAAAUUCAACUCCAUUGCACUGGGCCACAAGACAAGGCCAUCUAUCUAUGGUCGUGCAACUAAUGAAAUAUGGUGCAGAUCCUUCGUUAAUUGACGGAGAAGGAUGUAGCUGUAUUCAUUUGGCUGCCCAGUUUGGACAUACCUCAAUUGUUGCUUAUCUCAUAGCAAAAGGACAGGAUGUAGAUAUGAUGGAUCAGAAUGGGAUGACGCCUUUAAUGUGGGCAGCUUAUAGAACACAUAGUGUGGAUCCAACUAGAUUGCUUUUAACAUUCAAUGUUUCAGUUAACCUUGGUGACAAGUAUCACAAAAACACUGCUCUGCAUUGGGCAGUACUAGCAGGGAAUACCACAGUCAUUAGUCUUCUUCUGGAAGCUGGAGCUAAUGUCGAUGCCCAGAAUAUCAAGGGUGAAUCAGCACUUGAUUUGGCAAAGCAGAGAAAAAAUGUGUGGAUGAUCAACCAUUUGCAAGAGGCAAGGCAAGCAAAGGGAUAUGACAAUCCAUCUUUCCUUAGAAAGUUGAAAGCUGAUAAGGAAUUUCGGCAGAAAGUAAUGCUGGGAACUCCUUUCCUAGUUAUUUGGCUGGUUGGGUUUAUAGCAGACCUAAAUAUUGAUUCUUGGCUCAUUAAAGGGCUAAUGUAUGGUGGCGUUUGGGCUACAGUACAGUUUCUUUCAAAAUCCUUUUUUGAUCAUUCAAUGCAUAGUGCAUUGCCCCUUGGAAUAUAUUUGGCAACCAAAUUCUGGAUGUAUGUGACGUGGUUCUUCUGGUUUUGGAAUGAUCUCAACUUUUUAUUUAUCCAUCUUCCAUUCCUUGUCAAUAGUAUUGCACUUUUCUACAAUUUUGGAAAAUCUUGGAAAUCAGAUCCAGGGAUUAUUAAAGCUACAGAGGAACAAAAGAAAAAGACAAUAGUUGAACUUGCAGAGACAGGAAGUCUGGACCUCAGUAUAUUCUGCAGUACCUGUUUGAUACGGAAACCAGUGAGGUCCAAACAUUGUGGUGUGUGCAACCGCUGUAUAGCAAAAUUCGACCAUCAUUGCCCAUGGGUGGGCAACUGUGUAGGUGCAGGCAACCAUAGAUACUUUAUGGGCUACCUAUUCUUCUUGCUUUUUAUGAUCUGCUGGAUGAUUUAUGGUUGUAUUUCUUACUGGGGACUCCACUGUGAGACCAGUUACACCAAGGAUGGAUUUUGGACAUAUAUUACUCAAAUUGCCACAUGUUCACCCUGGAUGUUUUGGAUGUUUCUGAACAGUGUUUUUCAUUUCAUGUGGGUGGCUGUAUUACUCAUGUGUCAGAUGUAUCAGAUAUCAUGUUUAGGUAUUACUACAAAUGAAAGAAUGAAUGCCAGAAGAUACAAGCACUUUAAAGUCACAACAACAUCUAUUGAAAGCCCAUUCAACCAUGGAUGUGUAAGGAAUAUUAUAGACUUCUUUGAAUUUCGAUGCUGUGGCCUCUUUCGUCCUGUUAUUGUGGACUGGACCAGGCAGUAUACCAUAGAAUAUGACCAAAUAUCAGGAUCUGGGUACCAGCUCGUGUAGCAGCAUCUUUAUCCUAUGAAGCAUAUUGCUGAGUGGUGCCUGAAAAUUGUGUCUGUCCGUGUCUCUCUCACACUCGAAUCCACAUCCUUUGAACAAAUAGCAUGCUAUAUGUAGGGCUAACCGUGAAUUUUACAGUCUUUUUUUUCAACACUUUUAUUAACAAAGGUAAACAUGGACAGAACACACUGCCACUUCUGGGAAGAAUAAAGGUCUUAAAAAGAAUGUUAAUGGUUCUUAAUGUGGGAAUUCACAAAAUACUCAACUUUUUGGUUUUGUUCUCAUAACAUUUUUCAUGAAAAAAGAGUGAACUUAUUCUGUUGACAGACAUGGUAUACUGAUCAGAAAUGCUUGAUUCUAGCUAAAACUAAAUUUAUGGUAUACAGCUAAAUUUUAUGAUGCAAUCUACUAUUAGUAUUGCAUUUAAUUCCAAGAAAGUUGUCUUAAAUUGAUUCAGACUAGUAUUAUGUACGUGUUAGAAUGUACAUGUAAAUACUGUGAUGAAAAUCAUGUGGUUUUAUUAGGGAUCUACUGUAAUAUGUCUUCAAAGACACAAGAAAAUAAUCACCAAAAAAUGUGCUAACAAUAUUUUAUUGCUAUCAGCUGUUGGCAAUGCUGAUAUAUUUCUAGUUCAGUGAAAUACUUUUUAGUAACCUUGCUCUAAGGUUUUAUGGUCUGAUAAUAAAGCACUUGCAUGAGUAUA